GAAUGACAAACAAGCCCCCUAAGUAAAAUGAUCCUGGGCAAAUAAUAUCGGCCAUUGAUUGUAUGCUUUCGUGCGUGAAGUACGGCGUAAAGGGCCGUAGGUAGCACAGAGAAAUAGGAGCCACACAAAAGAUGUGUUGCUAGCGCGGUGUUGUUACAAGCUGAAGCUUGAAGCAAAGGACGGUGUACAUUGCAGUUAAAGAUGGAGGAAUGUAAAAAGAGACCAGAAUAUUGUAAAUAUUAACACAGAUUCGACAGAGACUCCGGAAAUUGGGGUCCCAUAAGAUGGUAGUGUUUUAGUAUGUUGAAAACACACUAUCAGUCCUCGGCGAGUUACAGGACGUACGGCUCGAUGCGAUUGCCGUUUCUUGGUCAGACGGUGAAGGCAGGCCAGUGCGUCUCUCCAAGAGCAAUUUUAACCAAAGACAGUGCGAGUUACAUGGUCCAUAGGAGUGUACCACCGAAUAUGGAGUCAGUCUAUGCAGAUAUGUACUCUGGGGCGACAUCUCCGGCCAGACAUAGGGCAGCUCCCGUGUCCAUGAGCUCUUCAGCGGAGUACGCUACCCGGUUCAAAUCACGGCCAACCACUACCCCCAAAGUCGUUGGUUUUGACCCGUCGACAGUGGUACCAAGGGAAAAGUCGGGGAUACGAGGCGUUAAUGGCUUCUUUCCACCCGUGAAACUACGAGGAGCUGGAUUCAGGAGCAGGGGGCAUUACGAGACGCAGAGCCAACCCGGAGGACUCGAACUUAUUCCAGUUAUGAGUCCCGAUCCGAGCGAAAUAAGACCAAAAACUGAACAAUCUCCACGACCAGAACUGAAAACGGAGGUCUCGUCAAUAAUUUUCACAGGUGGUCGAUCUCGGAGCGUUUCGUCCAAGCCACGCACCAAAAUGGACACUGUGCAGCAAAUGAAAAUGAUGCACCAUGUACAUAACCCGGAUUACAUCUCAUGUCCUCUUGAAGUGGAACAGGACGAGACUUUGGACGACCUGAGUUACCUACCUAAACCAAGGAAACAGUUAAUACCGACCAAAGAUGUGCCUUUUGUAUAUAGGUACAAAGUUAAAAAGAACAUGAAUAAGUUGAAUCACAUGAUGGCAAGUCGCGCACCCGUGUUUCCAGAACAUAUUUGGUGAGCCGAGACUGUGAUAUAAUUAUAUCAAUGUAUAUCAGUAUAUCAUCAUUGCUUCAACGCAUUAAGUGUGAAAUAUCAUUCAGUAAAUCAUUUAUUCACUGUCAUAAAAACUCAUAACACUUAUCGUUCAACGGAAUUUUAAAUCUACGGAGACGGAUGUUUUAAAAUCCCCGCCCUGAAAGGCUCGUGUGGAGAAAGGUUGGUAAAUUCCAGGAUGGUAGAAGUUCAGCUCCCUGCGCAUCUUCGUCCGGAAAUAUUCGUUUCAUUAGGAAGGAGUAUCAAGUCCUUCAGGAGCAAAUAUCACUUAUAUGCCUCAUUAACGUAAAUGAAGGCGGUCUUUUCUUGUGAUUCUGUAAUAUGUUUUAAGUCUCACAUUCUGUAACGUGUUUUAAGUCUCACUGUCUUGCUCAAACCAUGACACGAACUACGCACUGUGGACUCAUUGUCUUUAGGACGAACUUCUUGCGUAUGCAAAAAGCUUGGAUCAAAAUUAGUAUUUAGUUGCAUAUUAUUAUUAUAGGAGUAUUUCUUUCUCGUGUUGUCAUUCAACCAGCAACAUCCAAGCCCAAAGAAAUGACGCAAGGUCUAUGCUUUCCGGAGGAAAAAAGUUAUGGCUAUAACCUUUGGAGCAUAAAAAUGUGAGGGGUGCUUUAUAC